UCGUGCUAGUUGACGAUGUGCUGGUUGACGACGUAGUGGUAGAAGAGCUGGUAGUGGAUGAUGUGCUUGUGCUGCUGGAAGACGUGCUGGUUGAUGUGGUGCUGCUGGAUGAAGUACUUGUAGAUGAUGUGCUGGUUGUCGAGGUGCUGGUAGAGGUUGUGCUGCUAGAUGUGCUACUUGUUGAGGUCGUGCUUGUGCUGCUAGAAGACGUACUCGUUGAUGUGGUGCUGCUGGAGGAAGUGCUUGUUGAUGACGUGCUUGUUGAAGUUGAACUUGUAGAGGAGCUAGUUGUGGAAGUGGUGCUAGUGCUACUGGAAGAAGUGGUUGUUGACGAUGUGCUUGUUGAAGAGGUACUUGUUGAGCUCGUGCUUGUUGAGGUGCUACUGGUGGAUGAACUCGUGCUUGACGUGGUGCUUGUGCUGGUGGAUGAUGUACUUGAUGUAGUGGUACUGCUGGAAGACGUGCUCGUGGAUGAAGUACUGCUUGAAGUCGUACUGCUUGUAGAACUUGUAGUGGAUGUACUACUGGUGCUGCUGGACGUGGUGCUUGUGGAUGACGUGCUUGUGGAAGAGGUGCUUGUGGACGUCGUACUGGUGGAGGAGCUAGUGGUUGAAGAGGUACUGGUGCUGCUAGAAGAUGUGCUGGAAGAUGUGGUACUAGUUGAAGACGUGCUGGUUGACGAGGUGCUGGUAGAAGUUGUGCUUGUUGAGGAAGUACUGCUGGAAGAAGUGGUGCUUGUGGAGCUCGUUGUGGAAGAUGUACUGGUCGAACUGCUGGUAGUGGAACUACUGGUGGAGGUGGACGUGGACGUGGUACUUGUGGAGGUAGUGCUGCUUGAAGAGCUUGUCGUAGAAGAGGUGCUCGUGCUGCUGGAGGAAGUGCUUGUGGAAGUGGUGCUGGUCGACGACGUGCUGGUCGACGAACUUGUAGUGGAGGACGUGCUUGUGCUGCUGGAAGUUGUGCUUGUAGAUGUGCUGCUUGUUGAUGAAGUGCUAGUUGUCGAACUAGUCGUGGAAGUGCUACUGGUGCUGCUGGAAGACGUGCUUGUAGAUGAUGUACUGGAGGACGAUGUGCUACUUGAGCUCGUGCUGGUGGAAGUGCUGCUAGUAGAUGAGGUGCUUGUUGAAGUACUGCUAGUACUUGUGGAUGAUGUGCUUGUGGACGAUGUGCUUGUAGAUGAAGUGCUUGUGGACGUCGUACUGGUUGAGGUUGUGCUGCUUGUGGAACUGCUGGUGGAUGUGCUGCUGGUGCUGCUUGAAGAUGUGCUGGUGGAAGACGUACUGGUCGAUGAUGUGCUUGUGGACGACGUGCUUGUGGACGUCGUGCUGCUGGAGGAGCUGGUGGUUGAAGAGGUGGUGGUACUGCUCGAAGAUGUGCUUGAAGAAGUGGUACUAGUGGAUGACGUGCUGGUUGAUGAAGUGCUGGUUGAUGAAGUGCUCGUUGAAGAGCUGCUUGUGGAUGAUGUUGUCGUGCUGCUGGAGGAACUCGUUGUGGAAGUGGAGCUUGUUGAAGACGUGCUAGUCGAGCUUGUGGUGGAAGAGCUGGUCGUCGACGUGCUUGUGGAGGAGGAGCUGGUAGUCGUGGUGCUACUGGAGGAGGUGCUGGUAGAAGAGCUCGUUGUUGACGUGGUGCUCGUGCUGCUCGAGGAUGUGCUCGUGGACGAAGUACUUGUGGAAGAAGUGCUUGUGGAGGACGUGCUUGUGGACGAGGUGCUGGUAGAGGAUGAGCUCGUCGAUGACGUGCUAGUGGACGUUGUGCUAGUGGAGGUCUUGGUGGUGGAUGUUGUCGUGCUGCUGCUGGAAGUCGAGCUAGAUGAAGUUGUACUAGUUGAAGAUGUGCUGGUCGAUGUUGUGCUAGUGGAGGUUUUGGUUGUUGAAGUUGAAGAUGUACUGGAUGAGGUAGAUGUGGUGGAAGACGUGCUUGACGAAGAUGUGCUGGUGGAGGUCGUGCUUGUGGAAGUACUGCUAGUACUCGAGCUACUUGUUGAAGUUGAGCUUGUGCUUGUGGACGAUGUGCUUGUAGAUGAAGUGCUUGUGGACGUUGUACUGGUUGAGGUUGUGCUGCUUGUGGAACUGCUGGUGGAUGUGCUGCUGGUACUGCUUGAAGAUGUGCUGGUGGAAGAGGUACUCGUCGAUGACGUGCUUGUGGACGACGUACUUGUGGACGUCGUGCUGCUGGAGGAGCUAGUGGUUGAAGAGGUGGUGGUACUGCUCGAAGAUGUGCUUGAAGAAGUGGUACUAGUGGAUGACGUGCUGGUUGAUGAAGUGCUGGUUGAAGAGCUGCUUGUAGAGGAGGUACUGGUAGAUGUUGCUGUCGUCGAAGUUGUGCUGCUUGAAGUCGUACUGGUCGAAGUCACACUGGUUGAGGUGCUGCUUGUGGAAGAACUGCUGGUGCUGCUGGAUGUCGUGCUCGUGGAAGAUGUGGUGGAAGAUGAUGUGCUCGUGGACGAGCUUGUUGUGGAAGAAGUGCUGGUGCUACUGGAAGAUGUACUCGUGGAAGUGGUGCUGGUCGACGAUGUGCUACUUGAGGUUGUACUGGUUGAUGAACUUGUGGUGGAUGAGGUGCUCGUACUGCUAGAAGAUGUGCUGGUGGAUGUGCUACUCGUUGAUGAUGUGCUUGUAGUCGAGGUGCUGGAAGAAGUCGUGCUGCUGGAUGUGCUGCUUGUUGAAGUGCUUGUUGAACUCGUGCUGGUGGAGGUGCUAGUAGAGGAAGAGCUGCUGCUUGAAGUCGUACUGCUUGUAGAACUUGUAGUGGAUGUACUACUGGUGCUGCUGGACGUGGUGCUUGUGGAUGACGUGCUUGUGGACGACGUGCUUGUGGACGUCGUGCUGCUGGAGGAGCUAGUGGUUGAAGAGGUAGUGGUGCUGCUGGAAGAUGUGGUGGAAAAUGUGGUGCUAGUUGAGGAGGUGCUGGUUGAGGAGGUGCUGGUAAAAGUUGUGCUUGUUGAGGAAGUACUGCUGGAAGAAGUGGUGCUUGUGGAGCUCGUUGUUGAAGACGUUUUGCUUGUCGAGCUCGUUGUGGAAGUGGUACUGCUUGAGGAGCUCGUUGUAGAGCUUGUGCUCGUGCUGCUUGACGAUGUGCUGCUUGAGGAGGUGGACCUGGACGUGCUACUUGUGGAGGUAGUGCUGCUCGAAGACGUGGAAGACGUGCUUGUGCUGCUGGAAGUUGUGCUUGUGGAGGUGCUGCUUGUUGAUGAAGUGAUAGUUGUCGAACUAGUCGUGGAAGUACUGCUUGUACUGGUGGACGAUGUGCUUGAAGACGACACACUGGUUGAAGUUGUGCUGCUUGUGGAACUGCUGGUGGAUGAACUGAUGGUGGUGGUGGAAGACGCGGUGGUCGAGGAUGUGGUUGUGGACGUCGCACUGGUAGAUGAACUGAUGGUGGUGGUGGAAGACGCAGUGGUCGAGGAUGUGAUUGUGGACGUCGCGCUGGUGGUGGAAGAUGCAGUGGUCGAAGAUGUGAUUGUGGACGUCGCACUGGUGGAUGAACUAAUGGUGGUG